AGUGGCCAGAAUUGUUCGACAGGUAGUGGCCAGAAUCGUUCGAUGCAUCGAGGAUCUAUGUGCCCUUAGUCGACAUUAACACGUGCGAGGACCACCUGCAGGCUCCAGCUCCUCUAUAAAUCCAUGGAGUGUCUGCAUAUUUUUCUAAGCAGCGGUUUGGCCAAGACCGGCAGUCUUGCUGAUCAUAAGACAACAAUGGCGUUCAACAUGACGUCCAUUAAGACAUCAUCUGAUGGAGCUUGGCAAGGUGAUAAUCCGCUGAGGUUUGCCUUCCCACUUCUCAUUGUUCAAACCACCUUAGUCCUCAGCAUCAGCCGCUUUCUCGCCUUCCUCCUCAAACCCUUCCAUCAACCCAGAGUCAUUGCCGAGAUUAUUGGUGGAAUUCUGCUCGGACCUUCAGCUCUGGGCCGAAAGAAAGAUUUCUUGCACCUUAUUUUUCCGCCGUGGAGCACUCCGAUACUGGAGUCGGUGGCAAGUGUUGGUCUUCUCUUCUUUUUAUUUCUUGUUGGUCUUGAACUCGAUUUAAGUUCCAUUCGCCGCAGCGGAAAAAGAGCUUUCGGGAUAGCACUUGCUGGAAUCUCCCUCCCCUUUAUCUUCGGAGUUGGAAUCACCUUCCUCCUUCGGAAAGCUGUUGAUGGAGAGGACAAAGUGGGCUUCAGUCAAUGCAUCUUGUUCAUUGGGGUCUCCCUCUCCAUCACUGCCUUUCCCGUACUCGCGCGCAUUUUAGCAGAACUCAAGCUACUAACAACCGACGUGGGCCAGACCGCCAUGGCCGCCGCCGCCUUCAACGACGUGGCCGCCUGGAUCUUGCUGGCCCUGGCCGUAGCCCUAGCAGGUAAUGGGGGAUCACAUAGCAGCCCAUUAGCUUCCAUAUGGAUCCUUAUUUCAGGCGUUGCUUUUGUGGCCUUCAUGCUAACCAUCAUUCGCCCAGCAAUGAAUUGGGUUGGUCGCCAGUGCUCGCGGAAGCACGAUUCCAUGGACGAAGCGUAUAUCUGUCUGACCUUAGCGGGAGUGAUGCUAUCCGGGUUUACGACAGACCUUAUAGGAAUACACGCCAUAUUUGGAGGGUUCGUGUUCGGAUUAACCAUUCCCAAAGGCGGAGAAUUUGCAGAGAGAUUGAUAAAAAGGAUAGAAGAUUUCGUUACAGGCUUGCUUCUGCCACUCUACUUCGCUUCAAGCGGAUUGAAGACGGACGUGGCGAAAAUACAGGGAGUGAAGGCGUGGGGCCUGUUGGCGUUGGUGAUAUCGACGGCGUGCGCGGGGAAGAUACUGGGGACGUUUGUAGUGGCAAUGCUGUGUAUGACGCCGGUGAGGGAAUCUUUGGUGUUGGGCGUUCUGAUGAAUACUAAAGGCCUGGUGGAGCUUAUAGUUCUCAAUAUUGGCAAAGAGAAGAAGGUACUCAACGAUGAGGUGUUUGCAAUUUUGGUGCUCAUGGCACUCUUCACCACCUUCAUGACAACUCCAGCAGUGAUGGCCAUUUACAAACCCAUCCGACGAAUAGCCACACAGGCUCAGCCUCAAAUACAGCGGGAAUCGAAUGUGACUGAAAACUCAUCACAGGACAAGCUUCGGAUCCUGGCUUGUGUGCAUGGUCCUGCAAAUGUACCCUCACUUAUCAGCCUCAUUGACUCCACUUGUAACGCUAACAAAUCCCCACUCAAGCUUUACGUGAUGCAUCUGAUGGAGCUCACUGAUCGCACCUCCUCCAUCCUUAUGGUUCAACGUGGCAGGAGGAAUGGAUUUCCAUUCAUCAAAGGCUUUCGGAGAGGAGAGUUGAAGGACCAAGUGGGUGCUGCAUUUGAGGCCUACGCUCAUUUCGGGAGAGUCACUGUUCGGCCAACCAAGGCCAUCUCGGCUUUGUCCACGAUGCAUGAGGACAUUUGCCAUGUGGCCAAAAAGAAACGGAUUGGAAUGAUCGUCUUGUCCUUCCACAAGCAGUGGAGAGGAGAGGGAGAGGAGGCGGUGGAGAAUGUGGGACAUGGAUGGAGAGGAGUGAAUCAAAGGGUACUCAAAAAUGCACCCUGCCCAGUGGGGGUGCUUGUGGACCGUGGAUUUGGUGGAGUUGAAAGGAGGGUGUGCAUAUUGUUCUUGGGCGGGCCAGAUGACCGCUACGCUUUGAAACUGGGCGGGAGUAUGGCUGAGCAUUCGGCAGUUAGAGUGACACUAGUGAGGUUGGUUGAAAAGGGUAAGAUUGACUCUAAUAGCAUCAGUUCCCAGGGACUGGCACAGGAUGGGUGUAUAGACGUAUGCUGUGCCUCCUCAACUACUCCUAUUUACUGUGGGAAGGAGAAGGAGCUGGAUGAGGCAACGGUUGCAGAAUUUAGGAGUAGGUGGGAAGGGUCAGCAAAGCACGUGGAGAAGGAGGUUGAGGCCACCAACGUGCUGCAAGAGGUGUUGUUGGCAAUAGGCCGGUGCAGGGAGUAUGAGCUGAUCGUAGUGGGUAAGGGUGGAUUUCCAUCAAAUAUGGUAGCAGUAGCACAACUGUCGGAUCACCAACCAGAGCAUGCAGAGUUGGGUCCCAUUGGAGACGUGUUGGCAUCUUCAGGACGAGGCAUCACGGCCUCUGUGCUCGUCGUUCAGCACCACUCCUUACCACAUGAACACCACCAACCACUGUUGAUGCCAAUCCAUGAUCACAUGGAUGAUACCAUCACGGCUGAGGAACCCACAGUCUGAUCUUAUUUAACAUGUGUGCAGCUGAAACUUCGUGUAUCCAAUCCAUUUGUCUUAAUUCCGUGAUAGCAGGUUUUGCUGCUUGCCAAAAAAAUUAAAAGAACAAAGAAUCAAGGAUUCUUGAUAAUUUUGGUAUUUCGUGAAA